AUGGCGGAGGAUAAGAACAGGAAACAAGCUACUCUGGGGUAUGUACGAGAUGGGCAGCAGACCAUUGGGAGGUUUUUUGGAUCGAACGCCAACCAACCACCGAAGAAGCAAACAACACUGUCCUUUGGUGGAAAGAGAAAGGAAUCAAGCAGUGAUACCAUUGACGCGGAAACUAAGGAAAACACCGCCGAUGUUGACAUUGAAGACGUCGCCGAUCCAGCACCUGCUGCUUCCCGGGGUGAAACAGAGCCAGCAAAAGGAUUGAAGCGGGAAAAGAGCGCCGAAGCUGAAGAAAGUGAUGGCUCUGAUAUUCAACCAGUGACAAAAAGGCGACGGAAGGCGUCAGCUAGCCCCUCACCAGCUGCCAAAAAGCCAUCAGCAUCUCCGGAAAAGCCCAAAACUACAAAACCGAAACGUGAAUCGCCAUCACCAAAAUCACCUACGAAGAAAGCAUCGGAUGUCACUCCCGAAGAGAAGACCCCAUCAGUAGAAGAAGAGGAGGACCCACUGGAAAGCGAAGAUGAAGACGACCUCAAGCCAGAGCUCACCAAGAAAUCGAUUGAGAAGUUCCAAGCGAAACUGCAAGGAAGUGGUAAAGAUCCGUACCCAGAUUGGAAAGUAGGCGAUCCUGUUCCGUACGCCGCGCUAUGUACCACAUUUUCUUUGGUUGAAAUGACUAGGAAACGCUUGGAGAUCACGGAUCAUUGUUCGCUUUUCCUUCGACAGGUUCUCCGCCUGACUCCUGCCGACUUCCUGCCCACUGUUCAACUGAUGAUCAACAAGCUGGCUGCUGAUUACGCCGGUAUUGAACUAGGCAUUGGAGAAUCAUUGAUCAUGAAAGCCAUUGGUGAAUGUACCGGUCGCAGUCUUGCGGUCAUCAAAGCUGACCAACGGGAAAUUGGAGAUCUGGGAUUGGUUGCUGCUAAGAGUCGUUCAAAUCAGCCUACCAUGUUCAAGCCCAAGCCUUUGACAGUUCGAGGUGUGCACGAGGGCCUUCUUGGGAUCGCCCAGGUCCAAGGCCAUGGAUCCCAGGACAAGAAGAUCUCAGGUAUCAAGAAACUAUUGUCUGCAGCCGACGCCGACCUCGCUGGAAAGGGAAGCAAAGGAGUGGAUAUCACUAAGGACAAGGGCGGCCCCAGCGAAGCCAAGUUCAUUGUUCGCUUUUUGGAAGGCAAGCUGAGACUAGGACUCGCAGAGAAGACAGUACUUGUUGCUGUUUCUCGGGCAGUCCAGGCCCACGAGGCUGAAUUAAGCGGCAACAAGAUUCCUUCUCCAGAGAAAAUGCUCGAAGGCGAGAACAUCUUCAAAAGUGUUUACAGUGAGCUUCCUGCUUACGAAGUAAUCAUUCCUGCCAUGCUCGAGCACGGUCUCUUCAAGCUGCCCGAAGUCUGCAAGCUAUCUCCUGGAAUUCCCAUCAAGCCUAUGCUUGCCAAACCGACAAAGUCUAUCACCGAGGUGCUCGAUAGGUUCGAAGGGAAGGAAUUCACUUGCGAAUACAAAUACGAUGGUGAAAGAGCACAAAUCCAUUUCGUGUCCCCAGAUUCUAUCCACCACUAUCCCGGGGCCUUGACCACAUUACAAAAGGACAAGCAAGGGCUCUCAUCGAUUUUCUCUCGGAACUCGGAAGAUCUUUCCAAGAAAUAUCCUGAUGUUCUAGGCAAGCUUCAUACCUGGGUUAAAGAGGACGUGAAGAGCUUUGUUCUUGACUGCGAGACUGUUGCGUGGGACGUGGAAGCCAAAAGAGUUCUGCCGUUCCAGCAAUUGAUGACUCGUAAACGCAAGGAUGUAAAAGCGGAAGACGUCAAGGUCAAGGUCUGCGUUUAUGCUUUCGAUUUGCUUUUCUUCAAUGGAGAGCCUUGCGUGAGAAAGUCCCUACGGGAACGCCGGGAACUUAUGCAUCAAUGCUUCCAACCGGUCGAGGGCGAGUUCCAGUUUGCCCAGUAUGGCAACUCUAAUGUCCUCGAUGAAAUCCAGGAAUUGCUCGAGGCUAGUGUGAAGGCUUCUUGUGAGGGUCUCAUGGUGAAGAUGUUGGAUACAGCUGAAAGUGGCUACGAGCCAAGUAAGCGCAGUCGUAACUGGCUGAAGGUCAAAAAAGACUACCUCGCUGGUGUGGGUGAUUCCCUCGAUCUUGUUGUACUUGGGGCCUACUAUGGUCGAGGAAAACGUACUUCAGUGUAUGGCGCAUUCCUCCUCGCUGCCUACAACCCCAACAGCGACACAUACGAGACCAUUUGUAAUAUUGGAACGGGAUUCUCGGAGGCGCUCCUUGAGGAGCUCCACCAGACGCUAGUUCCUCUAGUUAUUGACCGCCCCAAGCCCUUUUACACUCACUCAAACGUCCCUAAGGAUCAGCCGGAUGUUUGGUUUGAGCCGAGAUUGGUGUGGGAAGUCAAAACAGCCGAUUUGACGCUCAGCCCACGCUAUCAAGCCGCUGUGGAUGAGUUCCAAGGAACAACCGAUGCUGGAAAGGGCGUAUCUCUUCGUUUCCCGCGGUAUAUCAAGUCCCGCGAUGACAAGAAGCCAGACGAGGCCACUACCACCCGUGCGGUGGCUGAGAUGUAUCGGAAACAGGAGGCGGUCACCAAGGAGACCUCGAGCAAGGGAGGCGUGGAUGAUGACUUUGAAUAUUGA